UUACAACACAUUGCCACUACGGUAUUUCAACCCGGUUCACAGUUGUAUAACACCGACCUUUCAAUAAUAAGUUAGUGAAUUGAUCAUAAUCGGGAUCUACGUUGAAAACAGCAAUCUAAUGCUUAUUGAGGUUAGGGUUGUACUGCUUUUCCUCCCAGGCAAUAUGUUGCGGUAGGCCGUCUACAAAGGAUACGACUGUAUUCAACACGUUUGAUUAAAAAAAACGGUGUAUGAUGUCGCCACCUGGUCGUUUUGCCGUGAAGCGCGGCGUCCUUCAUCAAACGGCCCCCUCCACGGUGGUAAACGAUCAGCGGUAAGCGGCGAACGGCCGUAGGACAUCAGUUGUGCUUUCGUACCGUUCCAGUGAUCACGACGUCUCGCUGCUCCUGACAGAAUGGAGCAGAGAAAAGUGUGGCUGUCAGACCCUUUGGAAGGGUUUGUCCUGGGCCAAAUCGUAGACAUAGGAAUGGAUGAAGUAACAGUACAGCCGCUGGACAAGAAAGGACCCAAGGUGACAACAAGCCUUGAUAGACUCUACCUCGUAGAAGAGCACGACAAUCGUGAUUUCGAUGAUAACUGCUCCUUGAUGAAUUUAAAUGAAGCUUCUCUCUUAAACAAUAUAAGAAAUCGCUAUAAGAAAGAUAAAAUAUAUACUUAUGUCGCGAACAUCCUAAUAGCUGUAAAUCCUUAUUUUGAGAUCAAGGAUUUUUAUUCCUCAAAAGUUAUUAAACAGUACCAGGGUAAAUCACUUGGACAAAUGCCACCUCAUGUCUUUGCUAUUGCUGAUAAAUCUUUUCGAGAUAUGAAAGUUUUAAAGCAGUCGCAAUCCAUAAUUGUUUCUGGUGAAAGUGGCGCUGGAAAAACUGAAUCGACCAAAUAUCUUUUGAGAUAUCUUUGUGAUCUCUGGGGCACAGCUGCAGGACCAAUUGAACAAAAAAUCCUUGAUGCAAACCCAGUCCUUGAAGCAUUUGGAAAUGCUAAAACUACACGGAACAACAAUUCAUCUAGAUUUGGGAAAUUUAUGGAAGUCCAUUUUGAUACAAAAUGCACUGUGGUUGGUGGCUAUAUUUCACAUUAUUUGCUCGAAAAGUCAAGGAUCGUAAUGCAAAGCCCAGAAGAGAGAAAUUAUCACGUGUUCUAUCUCUUAUGCGCAGGUGCUCCAGAGAGCAUUAGGCACAAAUUAAAAUUGACCAAACCGGACGAUUUUCAUUAUUUGAAAAAUGGGUGUACUCAAUAUUUUACCAACAACAAUACAGAAAGUAAAUUGAAUAAUACUCAAAAGAGUGCGUCUCAUGCCAGACAAGGUGGACUUAGAGAUCCGAUGCUUGACGAUGUUGAAGAUUUUGCAAAUAUGGAUAAAGCUUUAAACAGACUUGGCCUUGCAGAAGAUGAAAGGCUUGAAAUUUAUGCAAUGGUUGCUGCUGUCUUACAUCUGGGAAAUGUAGCUUUUGAGGAAAACGUUGAAAGUACUAAAGGAGGUUCUCAGGUGACUGCCAACUCUGAGGCAAGUCUCAUUAUGGCAUCGUCACUUUUGUUUGUCGACAAGGAAGAACUGAGACAAGCUCUCGUUAAUAAAGUGAUGAUGACUAACCGAGGUGGACCAAAGGGGACUGUCAUAAUGGUUCCUUUGAAAGUCUAUGAAGCGAAUAAUGCAAGGGAUGCAUUAGCAAAAGCAUUGUACAGCAAACUGUUUGACUAUAUUGUAUACAGGAUUAACAAAAGUAUACCUUUUCAAGCAUCAAGUUACUAUAUUGGUGUUCUUGAUAUUGCUGGCUUUGAAUACUUUACCGUAAACAGCUUUGAACAAUUCUGCAUCAACUACUGUAAUGAAAAGCUACAGCAGUUCUUUAACGAGCGCAUAUUGAAAGAUGAACAAGAGCUUUAUCAAAAAGAAGGACUACAAGUUAAAAAAAUCAAUUUUAUCGACAAUCAAGACUGUAUAGAUUUAAUUGAAGGUAAAAACGGGGGUUUAUUUAAUUUACUUGAUGAAGAGUCAAAACUGCCGAAACCCAGUGCGGAGCAUUUUACAUCUGAGGUUCACAGACGGUGGAAUUCCCAUUUCAGGCUUGCUCUCCCGAGGACUUCUAAACUAAAAGCACAUCGGGAAAUCAGGGACUCUGAAGGAUUCCUUGUACGGCAUUUUGCUGGAGCAGUUUGCUAUGACACUAGUAAAUUUAUUGAGAAGAAUAAUGAUGCCCUUCACUCAUCAUUGGAAGGUCUUGUACAAGAAAGCAAGAAUCCAUUUUUAUCAACAAUGUUCACAAAUUUUAAUAAUACAAAUAACCAAAAGGGAAAACUGACCUUCAUUAGUGUUGGAUCAAAAUUCCAGACACAGCUUGCUGAACUAAUGGAUAAGUUGAAGAGUACAGGAACCAGCUUUGUCCGCUGUAUAAAACCGAAUCAAAAAAUGAUCGACCAUCAGUUUGAAGGUGGAUCAAUUUUAUCCCAGCUUCAGUGUUCAGGGAUGACCAGCGUUCUGCAACUAAUGCAGCAAGGGUUCCCCUCAAGAACCCAGUUCUCUGAUCUUUACCAGAUGUACUCAUCCUUCUUGCCCCCUCAAUUGGCAAGACUUGAUCCCAGGCUGUUUUGCAAAGCUUUGUUCUAUGCGCUUGGCAUGAAUGACAAUGAAUUUAAAUUUGGUGUUUCCAAAGUCUUCUUCAGGCCUGGGAAGUUUGCGGAAUUUGAUUCUAUAAUGAGAUCUGAUCCUGAAAAUGUAGCUGUGAUGGUAGGAAAAGUUAAAAAAUGGCUGCUUGCCAAUAGAUGGAAGAAAGCACAAUGGUGCAGUUUAGCUGUGAUAAAAUUGGAUAAGAAGAUCAAAUAUAGGAACCAGUGUAGAAUAAUUAUGCAAAAAACAGUCAGAAUGUAUUUAGCAAAGAAGCAACACCGCCCAAGAUACAGAGGCAUAGCGAAGAUCAACAAUUUGCAAUCCAUAAUAGGUAGAAUGGAAAUAGUAAUUGGCCAAUUAAAAAGAGACAAAGACUCCAGCAUCAGCGAAAUGAAAAAUCUCCAAAAUGAAAUGAGAGAUGUCAUUAUAAAAAUUAAGGCAAAUCCAAAAAUAAAACCAGAAGAAAUAAAUGUAUUGCAUACAACGCUAAUGAACAAGGCAAACAAGGAGUUGGCCAAUUUACAAAAGAAAUUGGAGUCACAAAAAGAUGAAGAGGAGAAAGAGAGAUUGAGGAGAAUUCAAGAAGAAAUGAUGAAGGAAAAGAUGAGGAGAGAGGAAGAGGAAAAGCAAAAGAACUUAGAAGAAGAAGAAAAGAAGCUUAAACUUGAAAUGGAAAAAAGAAGAAAGCAAGAGGAAGAUCAACUUAAAAGGCAACAAGAGCUUGAAAAUGCUACAAAACUCAAUCAGUACCAACUGGAAGUACAAGUCCAAGAAGAGAUAAGAAAAAGGGGCCUGUUGGAACAAGAGCGCAGAGAUCAUGAAUUGGCUCUGCGACUAGCGCAGGAAAGUGAUAGUCAAGUUGACGAUAUAAUCUCUCCAAUGGAUAGGUUUUCCGGCGCACGGAUGAUGAAUUCCACCUCUAAUAAUAAACUAAACAGGCCUGAACACAUCAAAAGUCAAAUUAAUAACAAUAACUCUAAAUAUGAUCUUUCCAAGUGGAAAUAUUCAGAACUCAGGGACACAAUCAAUACAUCUUGUGAUAUUGAUUUGUUAGAGGCAUGUAGGGUAGAAUUUCAUCGACGGUUGAAAAUCUAUCAUGCCUGGAAAGCUAAAAACAGACAUCGCUCCAUCAUGAAUGAAAAUGAGAGGGCACCUCGAUCAAUAAUGGAUGCAGCUAACAACUCUCCGAAAAAUUUGGCUAAGAACACCAUAGACAACAACAGCCAACGUUUCUUCCGGAUCCCAUUUAUUCGCCCAACAGGCCUCAGUAACGGCCACUCGGAUAAUCUGAUGGACAAUUCGAACAAACGAGGAUGGUGGUAUGCUCAUUUCGAUGGCCAGUAUGUGGCGAGGCAAAUGGAACUCCACCCUGACAAACCGGCAAUACUGCUUACUGCUGGGAUUGAUGACAUGCAGAUGUGUGAAUUGAGCCUGGAAGAGACAGGGUUAACUCGUAAAAGAGGUGCAGAGAUUCUUGAGCGUGAUUUCACUAGAGAAUGGGAGAAACACGGAGGGAAACCUUACACCAAAGCUUCGGAUAGGAUUAAGUAGAUAUUUAGAAAUCUUCUUAACAAAUUACAAAGCAACAUUUGCACCACCUUUAAUGUACAAUGUAAAUAGUUACUCUAGUCUUGCUAUUAAGAAAACAAAAAUCCAUGAGUGAUUUGAUUUACUUAAACAAAUUCAAUCAUUUUGUUACUAUUUAUAAAAUUUAAAAACUGAAAACUAUUUAAAAAGAAAAUUUAAAAACAUGUUACAUUUAAUUUUAGCAAAACUAUUUUAAAUAAAUUAAUUUCCUAAUGAAUAUCAUAAAUUUGUGUGAUAAUAGGAUAUAUUUUCAUAUAAAAUUACAAUUUAUAUUUAUUUUUUGAAUGUGUGCAACAUGUUAAUAUUUCAAAUUUAAUUACAUAGAAAAUUUUAUUUUUUGAUAAUAAUACACAUUUUGAAUUUGUUUCAAUUUUUAAUAAAUACAGAAACAAAAUAAUUAUUAUUACCAUAUCUAAAUCACCGAUAGGUGUUAUUAUUAUUGUAAAAAAAUCCACUUUAGGUACUUAGGUACAUAAUUUAAUAAAAAAUAAAAACUAAUGGUGUGUGAAAUAUAUAUAAAAUGUUUUGCAAUUGUAAGCUAUUUUUAUAAACCCAAGGGUAAAUUUUCCUCAAAUCAACAUUAGGUGUAAAAUUAAUACAAUACAAUACUUGUAACUAUUAUUACAAUUUUAAUACAAUUUUGUAUUUCUGUACGAAGAUGAAAGAUUUAAAUAAAAUCAAAUCUGAAUGGUUGUGAUCUAUGAAAUUCAACAUUCCAAGUGAAAAUCGACAGUAAUACAAACACAUUUAAAUAUAAUUGUUAUAUUUUUAUAAUCUGCUUCAACUAAUGUCUGGAUUCAUAAGAAUUCACUUUAGUUUUUUGUUUAAAUCACUAAAUAUUUAAUAAAAAAAUAAAUUAACUGGCAUAA